AAAACUAAUAACCAUUUUCGUCUAAAGACUAAGACUAAGACUAAAUCAAAAACAGCUGCCAAAAUUAACACUGGUGCACCGGCACAGCCGGCCCAGACUUUCGGUCAUCAAGCGAGGAAGAAGAAGAGAGCGGCCUGACAGCCUUGCCUCCUCUCCUCGGUGGAAGAGCUGGAAGUUCCCCGUUCUCCAGCCCCACCUGUUCUGCGCUGGACUGUGCUUCCGGAGGCCACCCAUGCCCCCGACUCCCCGUCGCUUCGUGUGAUGUCCAAACGACAUCCGGUUCGCGCCAUGAGGAAGGUGGACUUUAUGUUGGAGACAGCAGAUUCUGCUGCCCGUUUAAGUCACACAAGCACAUGUCCACGUUCUUUAAUAAAGCAUAUUUCACUGUCAUUUCCAGGCUUGAAGCCAAGGGCUGUCGCCUCCCUCAGCAAGCGGACGGUAACCGAGUCUGUCAAUGCACUAUCACCUCGCGCAUGCGCAAUGUCGGCCGAGGUUGUCAGUCAGGGGUACGAUCAUGUUCAGACACUAGAGGGCCCCAUAACACAACUAAUAAAGGCACAGAGAGCCGACAGCAGGGCAGAGGCUACCUCCCCUCUCACUCUCAUGAGCGAGAGGUGGAAAGCGCUCACAAGCUCAGCUUGGGUGUUGAGGACGAUAUCGCGGGGCUACAGGCUCCAAUUCACUGUCACCCCCCCUCACUUCUCCGACAUUGUGCAUUCACAAGCCCGGGGAGAGUCGGCCCGUAUUCUAGAGCAGGAGAUUUUCUCGCUGUUAGAAAAAAAGGCCAUAAAUAUAGUGCCCCCCGAACAGAGUCAGAGCGGCUUUUAUUCCAGGUAUUUCCUCGUCCCCAAACGGGGAGGGAACGGAAUUCGCCCAAUCCUGGAUUUAAGGGCUCUGAACAAAUACCUCAGAAAAUACAAGUUCAGGAUGCUCACACUGCUGCGUCUCGUGCGUCAGGGCGAUUGGUUCACAUCAAUCGACCUGAAAGACGCGUAUUUUCACAUCCCAAUAUAUUAUCCACACAGGAAAUAUCUGAGGUUCGCUUCUCAGGGUGUCUGUUACGAGUACAGAGUGCUUCCCUUCGGCCUGUCUCUCAGUCCACGGGUGUUUGUACGAUGUACGGAGGCAGCAAUCGCCCCGUUACGACAGCAGGGCAUUCGUCUGGCAACAUAUUUAGACGACUGGCUCCUUCUUGCACAGUCGGAGCAGGAGGCUAUUACGCAGACGAAUAUCCUCGUGAAACACCUGCUCGACCUGGGUUUUGUAAUAAACACAGAAAAGAGCAUGUUGUCCCCAGCUCAGACUGUACUCUUCCUGGGUUUAUGCCUAAAUUCAGUGUCCUUCACAGCCCGCCUGUCAGCGGAGAGAGUGAAAGCCUUCAGGGCUUGCCUCGCUCAUUUCCGGCCACGCAAAUAUGUUCUCUUCAGAUCAUGUCUGCGGUUGCUGGGGCUCAUGGCGUCAGCCAUCCUGGUGGUACGACUGGGCCGCUUACACAUGAGGGAUUUUCAGCGCUGGGUAGCUGCCCUCAGACUGGACCCUGUGUGUCAUGGCGCACGGAGAGUGAUGGUCACUGUGGAAUGCGUAAUGGCACUGCGCCACUGGCUGCACCCGGUUUUCCUGGUACGGGGCGUGCCUAUGGGUACUGUCCUAUCACGGAAAGUGGUCACCACAGACGCAUGUCUGUCGGGCUGGGGGGGUAUAUACGAAAGUCGACCUGUGAGGGGUCUCUGGAACAGAGAUCUCCAGCGUUUUGUACACAUAGAAACGCCACUGCAUAUAAACUAUCUGGAGCUUUUAGCGGUGUUUCUCACCCUAAAACGCUUUCUGCCUUUUCUCAAAGGACAUCAUGUCCUCGUGAAGACAGACAACACAACCACAGUAUCGUAUAUAAACCGUCAAGGGGGUUUGCGUUCUCUUCAGUUACACAUGCUGGCACGCAAACUGAUACUAUGGAGCUGCGGCCGUCUCCUUUCUCUGAGAACAACGCACGUACCGGGGGUGAUGAACCUCGGAGCACCACUAUAUGCAGAUUGGGCUCUGCAUCCAACAAUUGUGAGUCAGUUGUGGAUACGUUACGGCCGAGCCGCGGUGGAUCUGUUCGCGUCAAAAGAAAACGCUCAGUGUCAGCUGUUCUUUUCAAUGCGCGGUCUAGACGCGCCGUUAGGCGUGGACGCACUCGCGCACGUUUGGCCGCCGGUCCUUCUGUACGCGUUCCUGGCUCUAAUACCUCCGACUCUGUCCAGAGUGAGAGAGCAUCGCCACACGCUGAUCCUGAUAGCUCCGCACUGGCCUGCAAUGUAUUGGCUGGCGGAGAUAUAUCAGCUGCUGUGCGGGCAGCUGUGGCAUCUCCCGUUACGCAGGGACAUACUGUCUCAGGCAGGGGGGACUAUUUUUCACCCACACCCGGAACGCUUGGCACUAUGGACCGUGAGUGGUAUAAUUUGA